GGAGGGUUUUAGUUAUAAUAUCUAUGAAAGUACCUAUGAACCGAACCUCGCGAUUCGCGAAGUAGUGACUGUCUAGUGAGUAGUGAGUACGGACCUCGGGUUAAUAUUAUCAUCAAAGAUUUAUAUUUUCACCACUGAAUAAAUUUGUAUUAAUAUUAAUAUUAAUUUAUUCAGUUAUUUUGUGAUAUAUACAGUCUAAGAAUAUAAUGUAUAGAUUAAAUAUUGUAAUUCUUACAUUUUACGGAGUUACAACCUCAUGUGUAGUAUUAUUCAAAUAAUUUUUUAUUAAUAAAUAAAUUAAAUAAAUUAAAAUAAUGAAAAUGCGUAAGUGUUGUGUAAAAGGAUGCACUAGUGUAAAAAGAAAUCCCAAGAUUUCUUUUUUCAGUGCAACAAAAGCUAAUUAUUUGGCUUGGAAUUUAGCAGUAAGUAAUGCUAACUGUGAAAAAACAAUUGUAAAAUAUGUAUGUGCUGAACAUUUUCGACCUGAAGACAAAAUCAAUACAUAUUCGAUUCCACAGGAUGUUGCCAAUGAUGUCGGAAAUAGAAUUAAAAUUGGUUUGAAAAAGGGGAUUAUUCCUUCCAUUUUUCUUCCUGUUGAUAAGAGAAGUAAUGACAUUUUAUCUCCUGUCAAUUAUUUUAAUUCUGAUCAUAAUUAUGCCAAUUGUUCAAGCAAACAAGUCAAUAAAUCUGAUAGGACAAAGUUAUUCGUUCAAAAUGUAUCUGAUGAUGAAGUUAGUGAAGAUAUUGAAUCGUGUAUGUUAAAUGAAGAGCCCCUGAAUAAACUUUUAAAGUUAUCUCAAGAAAAUAUUGAUGAAAUAUUGACAUUUAAUGACCUAACAAUACAUGUUAAAAGAGCAGUAUUACCAGAAGGAUGGAGAUUACAUUCUAGUAAUGAUGAAAUUGUUUUUUAUAAACUAAAAUUCAAUGAUGGUAAAAUGAAAAUUGAAAAACAAUUAAUUUUUAAAAGUUCGUUGGAAAUAUGUGUAUAUGUUUACCAAUUUACUAUUCAAAUUGAAAAAAUAAGCAGUGCAUUAAAAUAUCCAAUUAGCUUAAAAUAUCUAUCUCAAGUAAUUAAAGUACUUGAUUUAAAAAAAAUGUGUGGAGGUGGUCCAAGAUCAAUAGAUUUUCCAGGAGUUCGGGUAAAAUCUGCUACGUUGGAAAAUGAUCAAUUAUGGCGUCACCAAAAAUGUCCAAUUUUAAUAGACAUAAAAACUAAAAUAUGUCCAGCCUGCAGCUACUUGAUUAAAUAUUUUUUUUUUUCGUCAAAGCGAGUAAAACAAUCAACAUACAUGGAAUGUAUACCAACAAGAUGUAAAAUAGUAAAAAAUUUGAAAAGAUCUAAUACAAGGUUACAGACUAGUGUAACAAAGAUCAAUGUUGAAUUAAAGGAAUUAAAAGAAAAACAGAAAAUAUCAAAUAAUUGAACAAAAUAAAACUUAGAUUCAGAAAAUUUAAGUAAUCUUCAAAAAAUGUUUGUUAAAGAAAGUGUUUCAGUUUGAACAAUACAGCUCAAUUAGUCCUAAAAGCAAUUGGUCUUCUUAAAAAUGCUGGUACUAAGAUGGAUGGAUAAAUGUUAAGCGGGUUAUUUAACCAUAGGAAAUUGUGGUCUGAACUCCCAAUUUUAGAAGAUAACCAUAAAUGGAUUGACAGUUGGAAAGACAUACUAAAUAAACUAAAUAUUUGAAAAGAAGAAUUUAUUAACCAAAUCAACAGUGGACAGUUGAUCGAAUGAAACAAAAAAAGCUACUAGAAAUAAAAAUAACAACUGCAUUUUUAAUAUGAUAGUAAGUAGUAACAAACUACUCCCGUAACCUGCUAAUUUAUUGGAUGAUGUGUAUUGCCAACCAGGAUCCAAUUUUUAAUUAUUAAUUUAGUUCCAAAUACUCUUUGUUUUAUAAUUUUUUAUAGCAUUUUUUUUAUUCCUUGUACAAUACUGACUACUUUGAUUAUUACUUAUUACUGACUUAUUAGCUACAUAUAAAUAAAUACAACGAUUUCUUUAGACUAAGUUGUGAUAUCAAUAAGUUCUGGAAAUGUGAUAAUUUUGUUGAUGUUGUCUUCUUUUAUUUUGUAUAUUUUAUUAUGUUAUAUUUGUAAACUGUUAUCAGUACUUUUUUAACUGCGGACCAUCAUAAACUGUAGUUUAAUAAAUAUAUUUUUACCUGUUGUUAGUUUUAAUUUGUAAUCAUUUUUUAUUUAUAAUAGUUGUGCUGUAUUAUAAAAUUUUGUUUUGCAUAAAUAUUUAAAAUAAUUAAACUAAAAUAUUAUUAGUUUUUUACUAGUUUAAACAAAUUGAAUUGCUAGUAUAAGUAUUCUGUGACAAUUAAAAAAAAAUACAUGUGAUAGAAAUAGAAUCUAAAAUAAAUAUUUAAAAAAUAAUAAUAUUGCUGUUACAUAUAACAUAUAUAUAAAUUAUGUAAUAUGUAUUUUACAUUUUUUAAUUAAUAUUAUUGUUAACUGGCAAUUAUUUGGUUGGACUAGACAAGGUAGUGGACCAAAUGACCCUUACCCAACUACUUUUUUUGAAAGUAUACUAAACACUACUUGUUUAUUCAAUAUUUAAACCGAGUAUUGUAAGAUUUUGGAUGUGAAUAUACCAAAAAUUUUAAAACUGUGUUUAACAAUGUGGUAAAAAUAGUAAAAUGUAUUUUACUUUAAAAUCACAAAUAUUAGUGGCUAAUUGUUAACCACUGCCAAAUAGUUGCCGUCGUAUGGCUAUAUAUUCAAAAGGCGCACCAAGGAUUUGUUUAUGAGGAGGGGGCUAAAUAAAAUUAUUCAUAAUUAAAUCUUAUUUUUCCGACAGUUGGAUGCAUUAGUAUUUUUAGUUUUUACCCGUGUUUGAUGUAGCUGAAGGAAUGAUACCACUUGUAAAGCAGAAUGCCUGAAAACGCAUUACCAACUUUAGAAAAUUUCGAUAACACUUCCGUAUGCACCCCACAUUUGGAAUGUUCAUAAUGUUACUUUAAAUUAUGGUGAUUUGACCAAUAACUAAACAGAGGGAUGGAAUAAUUGACCAUCAUCUUUAAAUAA